AUGCAGAUCACUUCCGUCGUCGCUCUGGCCGCUCUUGCUGCUGGUAUUGCCGCGAAGCCCAUUCCCGACGAACCCAGCGGUCAUGCUGAGGCCGGCGCACCCGCCACAGAGGCCCAUCACCUGCCCGGUUCCGAGACAAAGGAGGCGCCAUCGUCCUCUUCACUCGCGGAGAAGAGGCGGAUUUUCUUGACGGGGAUGAGGUUCGGGGAAGAGGCAACACGCAAAGCGUUCCUUCAAGGGCUCCAUUUCGGAGAGCUGGAAGAGGCUGAACGCUUGGCGGGAGAGCGCCUGCACGAAAUUAAACAACUCGAACGGGAGGAAGA